ACGCGGGUACACAGAGAGAAAAGGCUCCCGUCGGUGGCCGAGUCGUCGCCGCGGUCGCCCCCUCGGCGUUCUCGCAGGCCGGGAGCGGACGGGCCGCGUCGGCGCCGAGCUGGUCGCGGGCCGAGAGCUGCCGGCGCCAUGAGUCAGAGGCAGGUGUUGCAAGUGUUCGAGCAGUACCAGAAAGCCCGGACCCAGUUCGUGCAGAUGGUGGCGGAGCUGGCGACCAGACCCCAAAACAUCGAGACGCUGCAGAACGCGGGUGUAAUGUCUUUGCUGAGGCCUCUUCUUCUGGAUGUGGUCCCAACAAUUCAACAGACUGCUGCGUUGGCUCUUGGGAGACUGGCUAAUUAUAAUGAUGACCUAGCAGAAGCAGUGGUGAAGGGUGACAUCCUUCCACAGCUUGUUUAUUCACUGGCAGAACAGAAUCGUUUUUACAAGAAAGCAGCUGCCUUUGUGUUACGAGCAGUUGGUAAACAUUCUCCUCAACUAGCUCAAGCUAUAGUUGACUGUGGAGCACUGGAUACACUGGUGAUAUGCUUGGAAGAUUUUGACCCCGGAGUCAAGGAGGCUGCAGCUUGGGCACUUGGAUAUAUUGCAAGACAUAAUGCAGAACUGUCACAAGCUGUGGUGGAUGCGGGAGCUGUUCCUCUUUUAGUACUCUGUAUCCAGGAGCCAGAAAUUGCUUUGAAAAGGAUUGCUGCUUCGGCCCUCAGUGAUAUUUCAAAGCAUUCUCCGGAGUUAGCACAGACGGUAGUGGACGCAGGAGCUAUUGCUCACUUAGCCCAGAUGAUCCUGAACCCUGAUUCUAAAUUAAAGCGUCAGGUCCUUUCAGUUCUUAGUCAGAUUGCAAAACAUUCUGUGGAUCUGGCAGAAAUGGUGGUGGAAGCAGAGAUUUUUCCAGUUGUACUCACCUGCCUGAAGGACAAAGACGAAUACGUGAAGAAAAAUGCUUCUACUUUAAUUAGAGAGAUUGCAAAACAUACACCUGAGCUUUCGCAGUUGAUCGUUAACGCCGGAGGAGUGGCUGCCGUGAUUGAUUGUAUCGGGUCCUGCAAAGGAAACAUAAGACUGCCUGGCAUCAUGAUGCUUGGUUAUGUAGCGGCUCAUUCUGAGAACCUGGCAAUGGCAGUGAUCAUUUCCAAGGGUGUGCCCCAGUUGUCAGUCUGCUUGUCAGAAGAACCAGAAGAUCAUAUUAAGGCUGCUGCUGCUUGGGCCUUAGGACAGAUCGGGAGACACACUCCAGAGCACGCCCGGGCUGUUGCAGUCACAAACACCUUGCCGGUUCUGCUUUCAUUGUACAUGUCAACAGAAAGUUCCGAGGAUCUUCAAGUAAAGAGUAAAAAAGCCAUAAAGAGUAUCCUACAAAAAUGCACCUAUUUACCAGCCCUUGAGCCAUUUCUGUAUGAUGCACCUCCCAAUAUUCUGAAGCACGUGGUUGGACAGUUCAGUAAGGUAUUAUUCCCCUGGAUAUUCAGAUACACUUCUGCAGAGAGUGGACAGCUAUCAACCACUUACUCACUAAGCAAAGUUCUGUUUUCAUACUCUAAUUCACAAUGGAGUAUUUAUGAAUGAUAGUUGUUAAAGCUCUUUCUAAAUAUUUGAACUAAGUGCAUUCUAGAUUUAUUCAGUGUGAAAUACCUCUGGAUAAUAUUUUCUAAAUUUAUGUAAUACUUUGAAAAAUUAGUGGUCUGAAUAGAUGAACUACUGGUCAUUUGUAUAGGAUUUGCUCUAAGGGUAAAUUUUUCGAAGACACUAAAAGGUCUUAAGGCAUUUGUUAUUUUUCUUUUAAACCCCUCUCCACAGCCCCCAAACACUUACACCCCCAACUACAUAUAGAUGAAAGAUGGUGUUGAAAACUUCUAGUUACUUUGGCCAAUUCCUCCUAGACACAGGCAAGGAAAACUGGCCUUGCAAAUUCCUCAGCAGGACAUAGACGGGAAACAGCCAAAAGAGAAAACUAAUGACAGAAGUAUGGGGCACUGGAAGAGACUCUGAUGUUCUUUGCAUCAGUGCAUUAUCCAAACACAGGGAAUCUAUGGAUAACCUGUCAGGUUCUCCUAAUAACUUAGGAAGCUCUCCUCUUCAUGGCAAAUUUUCUAAGCUCUUUUCUCAUCUCCCUGAAACUCUUCCUUACCUUUCAUGGGGCUGGAGAGGGAGGGAGUCAAUAUUAAGCAUUAUUCCACUACAGACAUGCUUCCCAUUUCAUUGAAAAGUUUCUGAGUCUAGCCCUGCUCAUGAAAAAACAAGUAAGCAGGCAAAUAAAAGGGGUCCUCAGUAUACCCUGUCCUCGCUUCACUUCCCCAAGUUUUAAAAGCCACAUUUUCAGGGAUUUAAGAAAUAAUUUAAAAGAAUACCACCAGACUUAGACUUUGCAUGCAUUUUCACUUAGAGAGCUGAAAGGAGGUGAGAGGGAGUUUCAAAAAAAUUUUUAAAUAAAAACAACAUUAGAAUCU